AUGGCAAGCCCGGGCGGCCGGACGCGCUCCCGAUCGUGGCUGCUGGCCUGUGGCCUGGGUGGCAGUCUGGCGUUUCUGCGUGGGCCGAGAGGAGUCGCCCUUCGAGCAAGAGCACGCCAAGAUGAAGCCCCUGUUCUUCAGCAUUUUAUCGCGGACUCUCCGCUCUUGCGAGGAACCAAAGUUGGGGGAGACGAUGCGCCAACUGUCUUUCUGGUGGCCCCGCCAUCAGAGCAGCUGACGAAAUACGUGCUUGAAGAUCCUGCAGGUCCUUUCAAAGGGACACUCGAGUGGCCAGAGAGGCUCUUCGAUGACGUGGAUGGCAAGAACGAGCCUGAUGUAGCAGAUCAUGCUCCAGGUUCGUGGAAGAAGUGGAGCUUUCAAUUUUCGAAGCGGGAGCCAUUUAUGCUCAAGGCAGAUUGGCACAGUGUGCACGGCUGGGGUCAGGAGUUCGACAUCUUCGUCCCGCGCAAGAAUGCUGUUGUGCCAGUGCCACAAGCCCCUCCCCGUGUGCUGGCACUGAUUGAGGCUUUCCGCAAAGUGAACAGUGUCUGCUGGCAGCAGAUCACUUCUGGUUUACAGGAGCUACAGGAGCAGAAGCCUGAUGAUAUUCUCAGGUGUCGCCUGCUCAAGAUGCUGAUAGAGGAGUUCCAGGAACGUGGCUUCUUUGGAGCAAUUGAAGCGCAGGCAGGCCCAGCCCGGCGGAAGGAGAUGCACUGGCAUCGCGAUGGUGCUACGGGGCUCCUUCAUCUGGGGAUUACUUUGAGUGGGCGCCGCCGACUCCAACUCAGAGCUCGGAGCGAAGAUGAUUCCUGGACACAAGAGUUGUGGAUGGACGCAGGUCAUGUCUAUCUUUCCUCGCCGUUCCUCUUUGAUCACAGCAUCACUUAUGCCGCGGAAAGCAGCGACAGUGGUCCCACGCUGGCACUGAUGUGUCGCUUCGGCUUUCUGGAUGAGGAGGAUGCGCUGUGGGUGAACCACUUCCGUGGCCGGGACAUGCUUGAAGUCGUUGAGCUCAUCAGCGGCUGCCUGCGAAAUGCCACCGACGCCGAAGAACUCCGAAUGCCAACCCUAUCGGAGGUGAGCGCCAUGGAGAAACAGCUCGCCACAUGA